AUGGCGGAUGCAUCGAUGUAUGACCCAAGCAAACUAUCUGAAUAUCCUGUCCCUGUUCCGCAUGCCAACUAUUCUGCUCCCGGAGUUGUGGUUUCCCUACCUCAUGGCGUUGCCAUCUCUGUUGUCAUCGUUGGCCAAAAGCGUACACGCGAGGAGUCGGACUCGAAUGAAGUGGCAGAGCCUGAUUCGAAGCGCCCUGCGAUUUCCAUGGGAUUGGGUGACGCGAACUCCCAAGACAUUGACAUGAGUGCGAUUAAUGUCUGCCUUUCUCCGCCCGGAAAUUUCUGCUCAACUUCUCCAGGCAAAUUCCACGUGGUUGACCCCCCUGAGCCGGGUGGAUGGGGUCCAGAUGAUGACCACAUUUGGAGCUUUCUGGAGUGUGCGACUGUAGUAGAACAUAUCAAGGAUUCCCUCUGCAAAGAAACAGGAGGAUCCUAUUGGUAUCGAAUGUCAUCACCUAACCAACAGGGACCUAAUGAGAAGCUCAUCCAAGAUAUGAGACUUGUUCCUGGCAAGACAUUUUUUGACAUUGGCGACAUGAUAAAUGCGAAGAAUAGGAAUUUUUAUGGUUCGGAGUUAGUUGAGCUGUUUGCAAGAGUCGUUCACACUGGCUGUGGCGGUUUCGGUUUCAAGAGUUUCCAAUGUUUCAGGCUGGAAGAUUUAUUUGGUGGGAAACCCUACAUCAGCGGCAUUAUGAUGUUCAAGGACACCGAAAGUCCCAUCUACUGCGAAUAUAGCCCGUUCCUUGCGGCGACAAAGACUGAAGACAAAUGCUACUGCCUAUGCGAAAUUGUAGAGGACGAUAAAACGGCGCUUCGCUGGUCUCUCCACAUUUACGAUAUUCAACCCGUCUCAUGGGAGGCCAUUCGGAGCGUCCACGCCAACUUGGGCAAACAGGGUUUAGAAUGA